AUGGGAAAAAUCCGUGUUUUGUGGGACUUCCACACCUACCCAGCUGUGGUGGGACAGAGGCCGCCUGAGCAGCACUGGGCGGGGGGAGGAGGUGUGGCUCCACCCCGCUGGUCUGCCCGGUUGUUGGUGAACGCGGAACUGCUGCUGUUGAGCUCCAUCUCUGCAGACAGGAAAGGAAAAGACAGAAACCAGCGGAGACGACAACAUUUGAGACCGAGCGGAGCUUCUGCAGACAUUAAUGUGAGUCUCAGUUCUGCUGUUUGUUUGUUAAAAUAUUAACAUUUAUCUCUUUAACGGAGAGGUUAGCUGACCGAGGUUAGCUUGGACUGUUAGCAGACCUUUAUACGAACGUUCAAUGUUAGCUUAGUAGCUGCUAGCGUUAGCUGCUCUACGACACAACAUCUGAUAGUUAGAUCACUUUUAGUAAUUUAAACUCACAUUUUACACACAUUUACGACUUAGACCAAACAUAUAUGAUUAAAAGAAGAGAAAGAUGUUAACUAAGUUGUUGUGAGCUGUUGUCAUCGAGGUUAACUGGAGGCUAAAAACAAACAUUAGAGUCUAUUUCACUGGAUCAACUUUCAGCAUCUUUUUUUAUCAAACACAAGUUUUUUAAUUAAUAUCGACACUUUUACCUGCAUGUGUUUAACAAGUAACUUUUAUAUGUUUCCUCUUGACCCUUUUGUGUGGGUUAUUUACAUCAUGCUAUAAUGAAUUUAUCUGUCCUGUUUGCUUAUAUUUAUGUUUUUGUCAGUGUUUUACGGCUAUAAAUGAUGUUGUUUGCAUUUUCCAGAUGAAAUUUAGAUUUUUUUUAACAUCUACAGAAAGUCUUAUUCUUCACUUUUCACUUUUGAGUAUGAUAUUUGUUAAAUUACAUCCCAGUUUGGGGUCAUAGAAAGGGCAUAAAAAGCUGUUUAAGGUCUUUACAAGUUGAUUAAAACUGUUAGUUUGGUGGGAAUGAUAAAGAAAGCUUUGUCAUUGUUUUUUUACAAUAAUAAUGUUUGUCACUGGUGAUAAAGCGCAUGUAUCCCAUGAUGUUGGGAUGCUGUGAUAUUGAAAUCCGGCCCUCAGAAAUAGAAGUUUACACCUCUGUCAGGUGGAUUUUCUGGAUUAACAUCCACAGAAAGUAACAGACUCUUAUUAGAGAUGCAAACUGUAAGUAUUCUUAGACUUUUGGAAACUUUAAUGAUCAGAUAUCAGUAAGAACUUUGACAAACACGAAACCAAAUGGGUCAAAUAGCUUUAUUUCCCACAGCACCAUCAUGCAUGUAACUGACAGUAUUAAGAUGUUACAGGACACAGAGAGGUGAACAGAUUAUUUAACAUGCUGAAUAUCAACAUGCAAAUCAGGCUCAGACUAUUAACUUCUUAGGAUUUAUAGAGUGAGGCUCAAAUUACUAAAUAUGAAAUUGCAGCAACAACAACAAACAAACAAACCUGCAAAGAAAGUGUUUAAGACUGUAAGCGCCCAGUUUUCUCUGUACUUGUUCUUAUUUAAUAAUAAUUUAAUAAACAUGUCUGCAUGAUCAUCACUCUGAGGCACCACCAGGUCUCCAUCAGUGUCAGACUCAGAGAGCACAGAUGUUACUGAUAUGCAGACACACUCAUGUGAGGACUCUGUCUUUGUCGACCCAAACCCUUUUACCAGUCUGUCAUCUCAGCCUGUCGAUAGAGGAGCCGUGGCAGAGAUGUGGGGCAUGACUGCAGCGCCUCGUACCAAAGACAGAUGUGGUGUCUGCUGUUUGGACACAGUUUGAGUUUAGUGAGGAUGAUGCCGAUCCAAAAGGAGCCAAAUGUGAACACUGCUGAUCUGAGUCAACUCUUAAAGCACAGCUGUGUUACUGAAUAUGAGCAGUUUCUGUCACAUAAAUAAGACAGGCUGAUAAAUGCCCAGAAGAGAGUGUCUUUACUGAGCAGCUGUCAAUAACACACAUUUCCAAAAUACUGAACAAUAUACAACAGAAUCACUUUAGUUAUUUUAAAUGAACAAAAACAAAGACACAGUCCUUCAUUAGCUGAAAUACACCAGCAUGUUUCAGUAUAUUUACUUUUUAAACACAAACUGAGUGUUAAUCAUGAUAAUAAUCUGAGGUUAUGUCCUCCAGCACAACAAAAUAUUCAACUUAGUGCCGACAGAAAAAGCCUCUGACCUCAGGCCAAAACUUAACAUACUGUCUGUAUCUAUGAAAGGAAGAUGAUGCAGAAAAAUUAUAUAUAUGAUGGAGAAGCAAUACUUCCUCCGAACUCUCAGGGAUAAUCCCGAGGAGUUAUGAGAUGAAGUCUGCAGACGGCUCUCCGUCUGUAUUUUCCAAUUUUCAUGCUAAUGUGGUCAUUUUAUGGGCUUCAAUCAUUGGACGGAGUUGAGGAGCGGCCUGUAAACAGUCUGACUGAUAAAGAAACAUGGCUGCCCUCUCUCUCGUCUUCAAAAUGGACCUAAAAAAUCUUCAGUAUGAGGUUUUAAAGCACAUGUGUAAUACUGAACAAUAUCAAUGAGAACGUUUUUGUCAGUUUAAUCAACAUUUUUAUUCAUAAUGUUCAUAUAACUGAUGUUGAUGUUAUAUAAAGAGCUUGGUUCCUUUGUGUCCACCUGCAGGCAGCAGACAGUCUGAGGUUAUAGACGUGAUAUUCUCGUUCGGCAGCUCCUGAUUGUGAGUCACGACACCGUCAAAGUGGCCCAACCUUUGAGUGUCCAGUAUGUUUGCUUUAGUCCCGGGUUAAAAUCUCAGACCUGAGUGAAGAGGUCAGAUUGAGAGACUUGAUGAUGAGGGAGGACCUGCGAACUUUCCUGUGCUGCUGGUCCUUUUGGACGAUAAUCCUCAGAGAUCUGCAGUUAAACGUCUUCAAACCGCCAUCUUUACUUUUGUUUGGGAGGACAGCUUCAGCGCGGUCUUAAAAACCCGACUUUUACAGCUCCAGGUUGUUCAGGUGACACUUCCAACUCCUUCUUCUGUCUGUUUUUAUUUUGUAACACAGUCAGACCAGUCAGUCGGACAUGUUGAUGACUGAGAAUGAAAUCCAUCGAACAGGUCUCAGGUCAGUUUCAGGUCCCAUGUUUCCUCCUCACCAACGUGACCGUGAUUCUGAUUCUGACAGCCUGCGUUUGAGAAAAGUGAAAUCAAUAAUAUCUUUAAAGAUAAGGUUUCAUGCUUUACUCUGUGACAGAAUCUGCAUCAGAUUUAAUGUUGAAGCAGUUUUAAGGUGUAAGAAGAAAUACAAGAAUUGCAUGAGUGACCUUUAAAGUCAUCUUAUUUAUACGUGUCCCAGCAGUUAAAGAACAAAACAUGCUGUUAUAGAGGGACUGCACACUAUUGAAAAAGCUAUUAUUGUGAUUUUUCCCUCUCUAUGACGUAUUAAACUGUAAAAUGUAAAAACAUAAGAAUUGACACGGCGUGAACACGGCGCUCAGUCAAUAAUACCAGGGCAGAGAUUUUUCCCAGACUGUUAAUAAAUGAGAUGAAGAGUAUAAAUGAUUUAAAACAUGUCCUAUAAAUUAAGGAUUAAAACUAUAAAUAAUCAUGAUCUCAAUAUUGAUCAGAAAAAUGAUAAUCGUUUUAGUCGUUACCGACUCCUGCAUUCUUAUUCUAACCCUCACAGAGCCGAUAGAAGCUCGUUAACGUUUGAAUUGAUCACCUUUUACUUCAAUAAUGAACUUUAAUUUUCAAUAAUUCACCUAAAUCAUUUCCAAUCACAGGUUCCUUAAAGUUAAAAAGAGCUGUCUCUCUCAGAGAAGCUGGUUCAUCAUAUUUAAUCGAGUUUGUUUGAAUGAAGUCUCUCAAAGAUGUAAAGUCAGGAUGUCGUGUCGCUCCUGUGAAAACAGCUUCAUCACUUCCUGCUCCGACCAGAACAGAGUGAACGUCGGCGAGUCUCAGCUGUAAAAAUCCAUUCCUUUUUGGAGCUCCAAACCUGCCAUGAGCAGAUCACGGGUCACUCUCACUUUGAAAAGGAUGAAUUUUAACUCGGCUGACAAAUUUUUAAGGCUCAGGAGGACAUCAGUUACACAGACCUGAGAGAGGGGGCGGUCCUCCUCAGCGGGCGGCGCGGGGUCAAUGAGAUCAAGAUAAAUCAGCUCUGUGCUCCCGCUCUGUUCAGGAUCCUGCUGCAUUUUCAUCACAGAGCGUUGAAACCAAAAUCUGAUGGAGGAGCUACAGUCGUGUUCAAUCCUCCUUUUAUUAAAGCGCUCCCUCAGAAUCAUGUCGAGCUUUAAUUAGCAGCAGUGAUAACGAUUAACCGCCCUGAUUCUCCCAGUCUGUGCAUCCUUGUUAAUUUGAUAAUGAUUUAAUAUAAAUCAGCUGAUUUAAACUCCUUCAAACUGCACAGGUGGAGCAGCUCCACACCAUCAGGAUCAGCGUGGUCGAUGUUUCUUUACUGCGUGUCUUUUUGUCUCAUUGACUCUCUCUCAGAGGACAGAUUUGCAUACAUUUUUACGGUUUCCCUCGGCGCCCUUCAGUCGCCAUGGGCUGCUGAACAGUCCAAUUAGCACAUGCCAUGUGUGUCUUUGUGUUUUUAUGAAUCGGCCUGACGAUGGUGGACUGAAUAGUUAAGUGUGUAUUGACAGGUGAAAGCUCCGGGCUUCACUCCUCUGUCCUGUCCUCUGAACACACACAGUCGCCGCUCGCCUAAUUGUUAAUCAUCUUAGCGUGACACUGACGAAUGAAGCGACGGCUCGGUCCAAAACCAAGUUCCUCAGCUUAGCUGCAGCGGCUGCAAUUAUUUUUUUUUUAUCAUUGCUUUGUGUUGUUGAAUAAUUCAGGUGUGUGAGGACAUUAGGGCUCUGAUUGGGAGGGUACAGUUCUGCCUGCAGUGCGGUGUGAAGAUCCCACGAGUGCGGCGCCAUUAUUCUUAGCCUCGCCUCUUGAGAUGAGUCUUAAUUAGUUUUAAGCCAAAUUCUCCAAAUCCUUUCUGUGGACCUCUGUGGCUUAUGACUGAAGAGAAAUGUGAAAAGCAGAGUGUCAGUGGUGCUCCAACUUCUUAAAUGUGUGGAAAUCCUUUUUUCAGCUUUUGCAGAAAUAGACCCAGAUCUGCGACAUGCUCUGCUGCUGAUUUUCUCCUUCACCAUGUCAUCAUGCAAACUUAUUCAAGUUCAUGCAUUCAUCUCUCUCUCUCUCUCUCUCUCUGCAGGAUGAUUCGCUUGCGGGCGUUGUCCGCGGUUACCGUGGGGCUUGUGCAGCAGUCCCGGCGCUUCCACAGCGGGGCGGUGCGAGGGCCCAACAGGAGGAGGCUGAUGCUGGCUGCUGUUGCCGGAGUAACGGGAGUUUCUGCAAGUGCUGGGCUGCUCUGGACGAGGUGGGACUGGGGAGGGAACACAGGGGCAAUGAAAGAGAGGAGGAGGUUGAAAGACUGAUCAGUUUGGUCUGCAGCCUCUGAUAAUUAAUUGAUUCUAUCAGUUCUCAGUGAAAUCAAAAGCUGAUCCAGAUAAUCGUCCAGAUGCUGAAUAUCAGAGGAUUAUUGUUUCCCCCUGUAGUUUAUUAACGACUCUUUUAGAUUUGAUUUACUGAAUGUUUUUAAGGACUUUGUUUGUCCGUCUGAUCAAAAAGAAGUUAUUGAUUUGAAAUGAUCAGUAAUCACCUGUGCAGCAGACGUUGAUCAGCUUUUGGGUUUUUCUCCAGUCUUUCUCUUUAUAGUUGAUUUCUUGAAGCUCCUCUGUUUGCUGUUUUUUAUUCACUUCAUUACUAUCAAUUUUCACCGCCUUCAGAACGGCUCAGAUCUGGAACAGCCGCAAUUUUCGCUGUCCGCCAAUUCCUACCAGAUCCAAUUUUGAGGUAAAUUUCAUGGUGGAUUACAGACAGCAGAUUCACAUCCAAACGCGUGAUAACGAGUUGUCUUUAGCCACAUAGACAUAUAAGCAGUAGAUUGUGUCCUUCCAGAGGAGGAAAUCUACUUCUAGACUUCUAGAAUCAGCAUCUCCUCAUCCAUGGUGUCAUCGGGGUGAAAUGACGUCUAAAAACCUUUCACUUGUUCGUCUCCGCCCGUUUGCAUGGUGUGAAAUACGAUCGUCCUGAAACAUGGAGUGUUUUAUUUUGAAAAGAAGCCGGAUGUUUUAUUUUGAAAAGAAGUCGGAUGUUUUAUUUUGUGUCUGUGCCCGACUUCCUUUCCAGCACGGGUUAAUCUGUGCUGAAUUUAUCCGCCAUGCUCCGGCGUCAAACAGAACUCCUCUGAGGCGAUCCGCAGAGGAACGUAAAGAAGUCGGUGUAAAUUGACACGUUAACUUGAAUGGUUACGAUCAGCUACGAUCAGAGGAUACAACCUUUUAGUAGCCGUUAAGGAUGUGGUGGAAAUUGGGUGUUAGUGUCCGCUCAGCAGACUUUGGUUGUGAUUCAGUAUUCGACAUAAAUUUGUGUUUUUAGCAUGUGCAGAAAAAUGGAUUCUCCUGCAGUGCAUAUCUGUCAGGGAGGACACUCGGUUCAGUUGCUCACCUCCACUCCUCCUGACAUCCUUAGCCCCCCACCCCAAGGGUGUCGCAGUGUUUUUAUGGCGAUCCAUUACUAAGGAGCCCGGUGUUUAGUUAAGGCCGAGCAGUGGAGAUGGUGUUGACGUGUGAGAGCUCUACGGGGACGGGGGGGGCUGCUGUAGGAGGCCGAAUGAUGGAUGGGGCCUCGGGGCAUCUGAGACUGAUGGGACGGGACUGUUCCAGGCCCUCACCCCGAGCUUCAGUCUCCCAGUGUCUCAUUAAACUGAAUUAUUCAGCCUGUCCCACACUGACUCUGCUAUUUAUGAUUAUUAUUCCAAUUUUCAAUUUAGUCAGAAAAUGGUCAAGUGGGAGUUCACCCCGGUAAACCUCUGCACACACACACACACGAGGAAACAGAGCAGCAAAUAAUCCCUCUCUCUGUUUUUAUGUAUCGUAUUACAGCUGCAGAGCGUGAACCCGGGUUCUUCUCCGCCGCAGCACGACACAAGAAGAUAUUACAACACUUAACCUUCUCCAUAGAUGACAGAGAACCCCCCCCUGAGUGUUAAUCAUGUCUCUUUACUGAAAACUAGAGUCUACGCUGACGCUGGACCGUCCGUGCAACACUCCGAGCAACCAGAGGCGGCAGAGGGACCCGACUUCGUCAAAGACGCCGAUUCAGAGACGGAGGAGGAGAAGUCGAUGGAGGCCAGCAGCGGCGAUGAAGACGGAAAGGACGAGGGAGGCGAGGGGAAGAAGAAGAAACAACGCUCUGGAUUUCGUGACCGCAAGGUAAUCAAUAAACAAUAAACAGUCGGGCUUUCAGUCAGUCCGGUUUUUAAUUCAGCUCAGGAAAUGUGUUUUGAAAAGGCUUCCCGAUCAAUGUUCAAUAUGCAAACGCCGGUGUUUUCGUGACAGCGUGUUUUACAGAGGGAGGCGGUAGGGCAGUGCCGCUGUCAUAAACAAACAGAAAUGUCCCACCUGUGCGAUCGGACCGCUCUUAAUUAGGCUGCAGAUGACCAGAGAGGAGCCAAAGAAACACACAGUUUGUAAAAGAGGACAAGCUUUAGAACAAUAGAUGUAAUCUUUAUCCGGCUGCUCGGUGCAGAUGUAAAAAUUGGGCAAUCACUCUCGACUCAGCAGCGGCCAAAGUCUGCCGAGAGCAGAGAGCGAACUGUGAAUCAUGGCGCCGCAGGAUUCAUCGACGCCUCGGUUAAAAUAGGUGUUUGUGCCAACCAGGAAAAAGUUUGGAGAGUUUAGAGAGUAGAUGUUCACGGGGAUGGAAACUUGGAAACAGGGCAGAGACUGAACACUUUUCAAUCAAUGAUUACCUUUUUAUAUUUAUCUUACUGCAAAUGUUCAUUUUAAUCAAAGUUUUUAGUUUUUAUUUUAUGUCAUUUUUUUAAUUAUCUCCGUUCUUAGUCUUUUUCUUAAUUUCCAUCUUAGAAGUUUUUACUUCUUUUAUUUACUUUACUUUGAAAAAAGAUCUUAUCUGUUCAUUUAAAAUUAUUCUCUUGUUUCAGUCCAUCAGGUUUUACUCUUUUUACCAUCUUUAUUUUUAUCUCCAGUGUUUCCCAAAGGUAGCUCUUUCCUCACAUAAUGUCUAGAUGUCAGGUCAUGUCUCUUUAACAAUAUAUCUUAAAUUCUCACAAUGUGUGCGCUUGUGUGUGUGUGUGUAGUUGGGAGGUUCGGGUUUUAUUGUUGUUAAUUGUUGUUUUUAGCCUCUGUGAGACACUCUGAACUACAUUUCUUUUCUGAAAAGUGCCAUAAAAAUAAAGUUGAAUUGGAAUUAAAGUUUGAAAAGAUCCAAAAUAUAGAGAUUUUGAUGUUUUAUGUAAAAUAUGGACUCAGAUUCAACAGGUUAGUCACAUGACCGGAGAGGCGGAGUCUCUCAGGAGGAAAAAAAGAAGAGGUUCAGGACUCUGUGAGAGACUGCGUGAGCGAACAGUUCAAUGGUUUCAGAAUAAAUCUCUGUACUAAAGGGACCAGAACCAUUUGGAGCAUCAUGACCCCAAAAACAGACGGACUCUGGAGUGGGAAUCACCGCAUGGAAAGGACAACUGGACUUAGUUGAGACAUUUCGCCUUAGGCCAGUUGUCCUUUUAAUAAAGAAUUGGAAAUUCUAGAUGCUGCAUCCUCAGUUUUAGACAAUAUCUUCAGGUUUAGGAUCAACAUCUGCGUCCAUCUAGAUUAAGACUUUUUCAGGGAAGACCUUCAUUUGAUCCCAAACCACUUUCUGACAACAGCAUGGCUCUGUAGGAGAAGAGUCCUGGACUGAUGUGGUUCUGUGUUGGAAACAUUUGGACCAUCAUGACCCCAAAAACAGGAUACUGAACUUCUGAGCAGCUGAAAUCCUCCAUCAGUCCAGAACAGGACAAGACUUGGCUUUCCAAACUCGACAUAUAUUUGCACCAAACAGAAAAAUGUCGACGUUAGAUGAAUAUUUGCUUUAAAUAAACCGUUCGCUCCUGUUGUUAUUCACAUUCUCACAACAUUACAUCCUUUUCUGAAAUAAGUGCUGCUCGUAUUUUCAAAGUCGAUCGUCUCUUUCUGAAUAAAAUCUUGUCAAAUGCAGAAUUACUCAGUUUUUCCUCGAACGCGUCUUUAAAAUUCACUUCCACGCUCAUAAACAGAUUUAUCUCUCCACUUUCAGAUGUUGCACAACAAUUUCUGAAAAUUUGAGGGAAACAGAAGAACAAACAGCAGCUGUGAGUUGAAUUUAGCAGCCUGUGUUCGUGGAUGUGCAUUUAUAAAAAAACAGAAGAAAGGAAAAGUGUAAAUGGAUGAAAGCUCUGAAGCAGAGGCUCGACUCUCAUCAUCAUCAGACUGAAAAUCUGAGGAGAUAAAAGCCAGAGAGGGAUGAGGCUGAACGCCGAGCUCUCCGUCAGUCACUUUCCACAUGACUGUCCUGUAACCUCUCAUCUGGACCCUGAUGGUCGCCUCUUCUGGGGGGGAUGCUCCCGGUGAUUUCCCCAAAGACCAAUAACGUGUGCUAAAGAGGGGAAACCAACACAGAGGCACGCACUCACGGCCGCUCUCUCAGGAGGCUUUUCCCGUGUUUCUCACUUUUUCUGUCAUCAAGCCGGAGUGGAUAUCAGCCGCUAAAAGUUGAGGCUGUAAAAGGGAUUUUGUGUCUGUGUCCACAGGGAGUUAGUGUGGUGUACACAAUCACUCAGCGUCACAUAAAAUAACCGCCUGUGUGAAGUAAAGCUCCCGAACAGACCUCGCUCUGUCAGGCUGCGUUUGAAGAUUUCAGCUAAAAAGCAGAUGGUGGUGUCAGAGCAAACACUGACGUGGCUAAUGUGUGGAAACGGAGCCCAAGAAACCAAGAUCGCUGAUUUUGAGAUUGUGUGUCUGUGUGUGUGGGAGAGAGGAGAGCAGGGAGAGGAGCAGUUUUAUAGAUCUCCUCCUGUCACUCACGGCGUCCUGACUUUUACUUCCUGUCUGCCUCACAGGUGAUGGAGUAUGAAAACAGGAUCAGAGCUUACUCCACCCCGGACAAGAUCUUCCGCUACUUCGCCACGCUGAAGGUCAUCGGCGAACACGGAGACGCUGAAGUUUACAUGACGCCCCAGGACUUCAUCCGCUCCAUCACACCCAACGAGAAGCAGCCUGAGAGUGAGUCCGCUGUCUGUCCCUGCGCCGCACGUCCUCCACACCCACUGUCCGAUUAUGGAGAGUUUAUGCAGCGGCCCUGCUGAAUUUUCCCUAAAGGAUUUCUGAGCCGAGUUUGUUUAUAGUUUUUUUUUCUCUGUUAUAUAAAAGCAGGUUGUUCACAGAGAGAGGGGUCGAACAUUUCCUCAUUAAUGUCCCCCACCACCCCCAGGAAAGGUGAAGCAUGAAUAAAUUAAACUUAAAAAUACCAAGCUCUCCUUUUUAACAGCAAAACACACAACAGAAUAAAUACAUUAAAGCUCCUGAGAAAUAAACUGAAAUUCAUAUUGAUGCCUUUUUAGGACAGACAAAAGCAAAUAAGACCCUCAGCGAGGAGUCUGACCUUUUUAUAUUCUGUAAUAUUGAACUUCUGAGGACGGCGAGAAGGGAGGAGUCAGCAAAGAGCCCGAAGAAACAACGACCUGCUUUUACAACUUUCACAGACAGGAUUCAGAGUUAUGAUGAUGGUGGUGGGGAGAAUGGGUGUGACCGGGUUUAUAAAUGAUUAAUCUAAAGGUGUAGAUUUCUCCUCAUUUGAACCCUGCAGCACGUCUGUUCACCUCUGUAAACUAACAGGUAUAAAUCAGACUGAAAGUUUAGUUUUUGGUAAUAAUGAGCCAAUAAUCAGUGAGUUAUCUCAUCGUCCUGCAUCCUGUCGUUGUUUUAGACAAAGUUUAAAAAGAGAAGACCUCUGUUACCUUCAUUUACUUUCACAUCAACAGACACACAGAUUGAAUCUCUACAUGCAAAACAUCAGAGAUCACAGCUUCUGUGUAACAGGCAGAAGUUCGACUGUGUUUUCAGCAUCCCGUCACAUAAACCAGAUAAAAAGACCUUUUCCUCUGCGGCUCUCGGUGCUCAGAGGAAAAAUUAUCUCCAUCCUGGAGAUAAUAUUUGGACCUGGUUUGUCCAGAGGAGUCCCCAGAGUGGACACAGUCUGAAAGCUCCUCGUAUUUGGUCUCAUUUAUUAAACACCUGAUUCAUGAACGUAGAAGAAAACCCAGAUUUCAAUGAUACAAACCCCGCCCACAAAUAGCCAGUGAUGACCAUAUAAGAAAGUGUGAAUGAGUUCUUGCUCACAUGCAGAUAUUAACUUCAUUUUGAUGAAGUGAAAUAAAAAAAAAAUAAUUUAAAAAAAAUUUUCGUCUGAGCGAUCUCCAGAACUCUGUCACUGCGCUCUAACAGUCUGAGUCCCUGUGUGAGACUCUUAUAAACCAGCUCCUGUGUGCUGUGGUGGGUCAGCACAUCAUCACUCUGUUAUGAAUAUAGAAAAGGUCAGAGUAAAGAUUAAAGAUGUGAUUUUUAAUGGUUAAGUUAUAUUGACGUGAACUCUCAGGAGCAGGUGAAGCUGUUGUUGGAAGAUACGAUCAAACUGGAGCUUCUAAAAUAUUAACAGACGUUUGAUUAUCUUCUUUAAGCCGCCUCCUUCAUAAACAGGAAGUCUGAACUAAACUAGCGUAUAAAUUCAUGUUCCAGCUCUUCAUUUCUUGUUUUGACUCGAUAAAUGUUUAAAGUGAUUCUGCGCCUCAUUGGCGGUCUAAACGCUCCGGUACGCUCCGUGCAGGUGGUGAACUGUCGUCACUGUUCAGGGUGAGAUGUUCCAGCGUCACCCAACACCCCCCCACCUCCCCCACCCAGCGGCAGGGACACUUGGCAGCUCAGACCCUCCGACGGUUUGCGGUAUAAUGAUCUCUCUGCCCGUGUUUACAAGAAUGAAGGGAAGGCGAGGGGGGGUGGCAGAGCGACAGCGCCGGCCCGUCACGCUGAGCCGAGGGAAUCACAGCACAGCAGUUGGUGCAUCAAUUAACGGGUUCAAACCAGAACAGAUCUCAGGCGUCACACUCGCAGCCACCGCCAGAUAUUUGAUCUUCAGCCACGGGAGGCGGCGAGCUUAAAUCAGCCUCUCUCUGGUCUGUCUUUGUCAUUAACCUGCUCGCCGACGUGAAAACGCAGAUACGUUCGUGUGAAAUCUGAUGGUGAGGGAGUCGUUCAGCUGCCGUCGCUGCGCUGUGGGUAGAUCUCCUCACCAGCACUCAGGGCUUAAUCAGGACUGACCUGGACUCGUCACGUCCUCACUGCGUUUCCUGCUCACCUCAGUACUUCCUUUGUUACCUUUGCUCAAGACUCACCCACUUUAGGCUCCAUUUACCCUCCUCCAGUCCCUGACCUCGAACCUCAUGAACCGUCUCAGUGACACCCAGCUCUGACCUUUAGUAGACUGAGAAACGGUCAGUGAAGCAAAUGAAACGGAGGACAGUCAUCUCACAGGCGGUCUUCACUUCCUUUUACUACUUUCAUAUAAUAAACUCCUGAUACAACCCCACUCAGAAAAAUAUCACUGUGAGUGAAAACACGACUCAACAACAACUUCAAAAUGACUCUGAGAACAUUGAACUUUUACAGAGAUGACUGAUAUCGGGGUUUUUUUGGGGGCUGAAAACCAACACUGAACGUUAAAACUGUAAAUAAAGUUAAAUCUAAUCUAAACUAAUCCAAACUAGUUUAGUUUGUGAGCGAGACAAAUGAUACCUGGAACCAACGAGCGAUUUAGUUUCUGUCAAAAUUCAUAAUUAGGAAGAUUACAAACUCAGAGACAAAACUUAAAUAGGGCUGGGCGAUAUGUCCUCAAAUCAGUAUCACGAUAUAUCGAUCAGUUCACCUCGAUAACGAUAAAUGGACGAUAACUACUCCACAAGCUGCUCACCCCCUCCCACAUUAACUUCGUCUACUUCAGCCGCUCCAACUUUCUCUCCGUCCUCCAUCUCCUCACCUGGAGUCACGUCUCUGAUGUAGGACAGCGUCUUAAAGGGACAUGAGACCAUAGCCUACCUACACACAUCCAAAAACAACUUUGAUUAAUUUAGUUUUUGACACCGAAUAUACCGAUAUGGGUAAAAUGACGUCGGUUAUUGUCAUAAAUCUCAGUAUCGGUAAAUUUUCAGUUUCUCGCCCAGCCCUCUUCGAUUCUGUGGUGAUUCGUCAAAACUGAAAUUUCCAACAUGCACACCUGCUCUCCUCUCUCCUCCUUCUCCUCCUCUUCUUUCCUGCUCCUCUCCCUUUUGAUCUAAAUUCAGUAAAUCAUCCUGAAUUUCCGUUUUGCUCUUUCAUUUCCCAGAAAACUCUAAACACGUUCAUGUCUGCUGGAAAAUCUGGUGUGUUUUUGAGGUUUUCCUCUCCACAGAUCAUCCUGGACUCUGACACGUCUCCUGACUGCUUCAUUUAUUAGUUUCCUCCCCUAAGAGUGAGAAAAUCGUCGCCACAUCAGGGUUUAUUUGUUUGAAUCCCAUUAGCGGUGAAGUGGGAUUGUUUGUUUAUGGGAAAAUUCAUAAGUCAUGUUUGAGGUGCAUUUGAUUAGGAUGAGAAAAAUAAGAGAUAAAAUCAGGUUUGAGGUUCGUCUCCACAGCAGGGAGCAGAAUUACAUUCUGAAUUAAUGUGUUUGCAAAGGCAGACAUGACACUGAAAUCAACUCGAGUGGAGAUGACUCACUCUCCAGUGAUUCAUAUUUACGCCUCAGCAGAGUCAUUAAUCAUCCAGAUAGUGACAGUGAUUUCAGGCUGAGACACCUUCAGAUACAUACAUUUAUAUGAUGUAUGGGAACAUGUAGAAACACAAACAGGACUUAGUGUGUUAGUGUCAGAGUGAAACAGCGUCAGGCUGAGAACUCGACUCUAACUGAUGGAACCGAGAGUGGGAGCUGAACGCCGAUAAUCAGUUAUUUUAAAAGAGUUAGAAAAAUGGAAAUGGGACAUUAAUGACUCUUAUUAAUCUCAAACUCACGACAGUGAUGAUCACCAGACGUUCAGCGAUGACGGCGUGUAAACACGAUUUCUCUCCCUUAUGCUCGGUAUAAAUCUCACCGCUCCUGCUGGGGAACCACUCAGCCUCAUACCUUAUUGAUUAUAAAAUUUGUUUUUUUUUUAAUGAUGUUUUGUUGUUUCUUUCUGCAGGUCUCGGCCUGGACCAGUUUGUUGUGAAGCGCUAUGAUGGAAAGGUAAGAAGAGGGCGUCCUGGUGGGAGAGGGGAGGUUAGUUAUCCAGGAGGUCAGCUGCAACAUUAGGUCCUGGACGCUGUUCUCCUGCUUCUUUAAUUCAGUUUAAAACAUUUAAAAAUGUUUACAAGAAUAUUCCAAAGAGAUGUUUUUUAUAACAUUAUAUUGUUUAUUUUCCUACUUGACAAAUUUCCCUUAAUUGGCUGUUUCCCCAAAUGUCAAAAACGACUCAGAGACGCAAAAAACAAACAGUGAACAGAUUUUUCUCCUUUAUUGUUCCAGUUACUCGGUUUAUGACAGAAAAAAGAGGGAAAACUUUCAACAAAUGAGCCUUAAAGGGUUUAAAAGUCAAAACAAACACAAAAACCGUAUAAAGUCAUAGAAGUAGCUUAUCGGCUCUUAAUGAAAUAAAACUAAUUCCCUCUAAAACUCCUACCUCUGAUAAAAAGUCUGGACGCUGGUUUUAAAUGAGUAAUGUUUUUCAAACCAUUUCAACUUUUAAAAUAGUGCAGAGACAAAAGAUGGACAGGUUCGUUAUUUGGUUUAAAAUAUGCUCUUUUAAAAUUUGAUGCUUAAAACAUGUUUUUAAAAAGGAAUAAUGGGGAGAAUCUGAUGAAAUCUCUGGACUAAAAGAACAGGAUCUGUAGAGACUGAACUCAAACGGACAGACUCUGUAGUGGGAAUCACUGCAUCGGCUCAAAAUCCCUUCUAUAAACCGUCACUUAUGAGCCCACUUAUGUUGUCUCUGACGUAUUUUGACUCUAAGGGUUUAAAUUACCUGAAACUCUUUUAAAUCUGUUUUUGUCUCAUUUACUCAGUGUUCAAACUUUUUUAUGAAUGAACAAUGAAAGUGAAAAAUAUGAAUUUGGUUAAAAACUUUGAGAAACAGACACGUCUCCUAAAUCUCUUCAAAAACAGACACAUCGAAGAUUUUCAGGAGAAAACAGUUUAGAGAAAAAAAAAAACAGUUUCAUUUAAAAGUGUCAAAAUUCUUUCAUCCUGUUACCUGUUCAGUGUUUUUCUCAGAAGUCAGUCCCUUAUCCUUCCUGAUAUUAUUCAGAUAAAAAUUAAAGCAGAAAACUUUGACACCUUAGAAGGAGAAGCUUCAUCUCCAGGAGAGACUGAGAGGUUUUUAUGAGUCCAAGACUGAAAACACGCAGAAUAAAGAUUCACACUCAGUUUCCUGAGAGUGUGAGCGCGCUCUUAAAUCAGCGCUGAGGUGUGACUCAGAGAGAUUAUUACUCAUCUGCUCACGCUGCUCACCUCUGUGAAUAUAUCUGUUUAUUGUAAAUGUGCCUUCUGCUGAACCUCCGUCCUUUUGAGCGUGAUACUGUACACAUAAUAAUAAUAAUAAUAACCAGAUGAAAUCCUCCUGUGAAAUAAAAGCUUCAGUUCAGUCGCUUUAUCUCCCACUGAAGAAACAGAUAAGUGGAGCUGAGUGAUGUUUAAACGGAGGUGCUGGUUUGAUGUCAGGGGGAUAAGUAAACGCUCAGAGGGACGUUGAGGUUACAGAAUCCUGAAAUACGACACACCAACGAUAAAAACCUGAAAACAUCUUCAUUCAGAGGGAUCAGAGAGAGUUAGUGCAGAUUUCAGGGUCUGAUAUGUUGUUGUUUGUGCACACUCUCGUGCACGCCUCUGUUUCAGGUGUAAUGACUGAUUUUGAUCCACUUUGUGAAUGUUUUUAAAAUGUUGUGUCGACUCAUUGAACCCUGAAAAUGACGCCUCUCUCUGCUAACGUCUUGCUCUACUGUCUGUUUCUGAACCUUUUACUCUUUUUAAUCUCCAAUCAGACGAAACGCCCAAAACUUCUUAAAGGGGAAUAGAGACAUAGUUAUUUUCAACCUUAACAGAGUACUAACCCACCUGUCUUUAAGUAUUCAUUAGCUAACCAACAUUAAAGCUAUCCUGUUACACAAAACAGCCUCACACUUAAUCAAUGAGACCAGCACAGACCUGCCCGCUGAGUAAUGACCUAUUUAAAGACAAUAACAGCAGGUGGUCUUCGCACGGGCGGGUCCACGUCGCCUCCGAGGGUCUGUGAAAGGAGCCGGUCCCCGAGCGAAACAUUUCCCUUCUCCCGGUCAGGAAAAUUGAAGCCAUCAAUACGAAUCACCAACAUCAUUAUUCUCAUUACUGCUCUCAUGAUAUCGACCGCUGACCGGGACUGCCCUCAUGCUGAUCCCAGGGAGCAUCCCGCACACCCAGCAGCCCAACAGCCUCAUUCAUUUAUUCAGUUAGUAUUAGCUGAUCAUCAGUUAGGCGCUGAUUGGAGAUUCUAACCUCGUUACAGAAACCAUCAGGUCCCCCCGCGGCUCUGCACCCGUCUCCGUGUUACACAGAGAGAAAGAAAGAAAGAAAGAAAGAAAGAGCUCUUUGAUGAAACAGAGACUGAAGCAGAGUUUUCACCAAAAGGACCUCCUCAGAGGACUUUAAUAGUUCUCUGUCAUGUUGUUGUUUGCUGGAACUCCCUAAAGGGGUCUUAAGGGGGGGGACGAAAUUCAACAACAUGAACCUCAGACCUCCUAAUCAAUCAGAACCCACAGUGUGAUGAUCAAUCAGAAAAAGGCCGACCCAAGACCAACUUCAGGAUAAAAGAACUGAACACGCAGUAGAGCCGACCAAUAAGUGAGCGCAACAUCAUUACAGUGCAAAUCAUGGUGCAGCUAACCAAGCUGACAUCAUUAGAGUGCAACUCACUAAUCUGUCAUAAAUGAAAGUGCAACUCACGGUGCAGCUAACCAAGACUAAAGAACCUAAACGCGCAGUAGAGCCGAUCAAUAAGUGAGCGCGACUCGUGGUGCAGCUCACUAACCUGACAUCCUCAAAGUGCAGCAUAUCACCCAACAUCAUUACAGUGUAAAUCAUGGUGCAGCUAACCAAGCUGACAUUGUUAAAGUGCAGCUCACGGCGCAGCUUACCAAUCUAUUAUAAAUGAAAGUGCAACUCACAGUGCAGCUCACUAAGACUAAAGGAACUAAACGCGCAGUAGAGCCGACCAAUAGGUGAGCGCGACUCUUGGUGCAGCUCACCAAUCUGACAUUAUAAAAGCGCAACUCAAGGUGCAACUCACUAAUCUGACAUCAUUGAAGUGUGACUCAUGGUGCAGAUUACCAAUCUGACAUCAUUACAGUGCAUCACACAGUGCAGCCAACCAGUGCAACAUCAGUGUAGUGUAAUUUACAGUGCAGCUCACAGACCCGACAUAGCGGUGCAAUUCUUGGUGCAGCUUCCCGACUCGUCGUCAAAUCAGAGCCGAUGGUUAAUGAAUAAAGAAGUUAAACUGACCACGAGGUUUCUCUAAACUCAGUUUCUCACUUUUAUGUAUUAAAGUAAUUGAAACUCUUUUAACCAAUCACCUCUCAGUUUACUCCUGGUUUUACUGCGGAGCUCGCUGCCGUAUAAUCGGGACUUUAACCUCCAGGACAAAUCUGAACACCCCUCCAUAUCAGGAGAGUAAGACCCAUAAAGCAGAUCUUUCAUGGGGGUUAAAAUAAAAGCCUGAGGAUUUUCUGAAAGCUCUGGUCCCUGUAGUGGAGACCCACUGAGUAUCUCUAAACCCCCCACAGACCCUGAGUGUAAGGAAGCAGCUUUAUCCCUCUGUUAUCUGAGAGGGCGCCCCCGAGUUAGCUUCAUCUCUGUUUCAAAAACAUCCAAACGGAGAUUUUUGUGUUUUACAUCAAACCGAGCUAAACGGGAGAUUCUGCGUUGGCUCUAAACCAGGAUGCAGCUCUCUUUAUUUACGCUCGAUGUAAAUGUAAAUGUCGCCUGUAUCUCUGGGCCGCCUGCUUCCUUUAUUUGCCAGGGAAAUUUAUGAACACAUGAUUUCUCUGAUACUGUAUUUAGCUUCUGUGGUCCCCUGAGAUUUCCCUGAGCUCUGGCUGCGCUCAACAUUUCCUUUCUUCUGCCAGGAAACACGUGCCUUCCCCUCAUCGGGUUAAUGGUCCCCCCUAGCUAGCAGGAGGAAUAAACCAUUACGGGUUCCUUCCAAGAAACCAUGAAAUCUAGUCCACAUGAAACUUAAAACUGCGCGGACUCGGACCGAGAUGAAAUGGACCCAGAGAGUGUAGUGGAUCAGUAUGUGCGGCGUGUAAAUCAUGAAGUAGAUGGAGGGUGUGGUGAAGUACAAAGGCAGUGCUUCAGCUGGGGGCUGGGUAGUAAAACGCUCUGAAGGUCAACAGCAGAGGGGAGUACGCCAUUGUAACAUGAGAGCGCUCUGUGUCACACUUCACCUGGUUUUAUUUAGAAACAGCCAACCUGCUGAGAGAGUCACAGUCACAAACGUACAGAGAAGAGUCUAAAAAUGAGUCUCAAACAGACACGCACACGCAGCAGCUUCAGUGGAAACAGAUUUAUACCCGCGGAAAAAUAUACGGAGAUAAAGUCAAAAUGUAAAAACUGGACUCUCCUUCGUCUAAAUCAAACUGAAUCAGAAACACAAAGAAGAAAACUUGACCUCCUGUAAUCUGAGCUCACACAAAACAACUCCAAACUUCCUGAAGUCUCCACGCCAGAGCCCGUACAGUCAUUAGUCCGUAUUAGAGAUCCGUAUCCAGCAUGAUAAUGAGCUGGACGUCCUUUUGGGGUAAAAUACUUACUCUCAUGCCUCAGUGCCGUCUGCAUCAGGGAAGGUCUUUAACCCCGAAUUUCCACUGCGUCCGGAACAGCUCCAGUCUGGAACGGUGGCAAUUUUCGCCAUCCACCAAUUCCGAGUUGUCUCUAUAAAGACAGACACAUAGACAUAGAAGAAGUAGAUUGUGUCCUUCCAGAGGAGGAAAUGUCUAUGUCUAGACUUCAAGUAUCAGCAUCUCCUCAUCCAUGGUGUCAUCGGGGUGAAAUGACAUCUUUUAGUAGACGUUCAGGAUGAGGUAGAAAUUGGGGGUAACACUCUUUUAAGGCGAAACGUCCCAAGUCAGUCCAGUUGUCCUUUCAACGAAGAAUUGGAAAUCAUAGAUGCUGCAUCCUCAGUUUUAGACAAUAUCUCCAGGUUUAGGAGCAACAUCUGCGUCCAUCCAGACAAAGAUGUUUUCAGGGGAGACCUUCAGAUGAUCCCAAACCAGAUUCUGACAACAGUUGAAAUGUGGAAAUGUAGAACUCUUGUGAUCAGCUGAGGAGUCCGGCGAUCCGCAGAGGAACGGAAAGAAGUCGGUGUAAAUUGACACGUUGACUUGAAUGGUUACGAUCAGCUACGAUCGGCGGAUACGACCUUUUAGGAGACGAUCAGGAUGCGGUGGAAAUUGGGGUUUAGGGGCGAUGGUCUCCUAAGGUGUACCGACUCAAAGAUAAGGGUCACAUGUGUGCGGUGAUUUGUGUAACAUCAGACCUGAAGAGGCGUUUCCUCGUGUCUGUCCUCUUGAUUCAUUUCCUUCCUGUGUUUCCUUCUCUCCUCAUCACGCGGGCGCUCUUUAAGCUGCAGUAAUCUUAUGUUGAUGUGACCUGACGCCGCCGCCAUUGUUUACUCCUGAUUAUUCUGUGGUGCUCUUAUCAGCCGCCCUCUCUCAUCCUCAUAACGAGUAAUCCCUCCAUCUUCUCUCUCCUUCCUCGUAAAUAACCGUCAUCCUCAACGACUCAUCUCCAAAAAAAAAAAAAAACAAACCCUAAUUUUUCUCUGUCUCCUCCCCCCGAUCAUCUCCAUCUACUGAUCCCCGUUCUCCACCCACACACUCCCCGCCCCCUCCUCUCCUCUUCUGUCUCCCUCCCUCCCUCCCUCCCUCCUCAUCUCCUUCCCUUUCUGCCCCUCCCUCUCUGCAGGACUUCUGGCAGGUAUGGGGUGUGUGCCGAGCAGCAUGUGUGCACCUGAAUGAAAAAAUGCACUAAGUAGUCACUUCCUGCUCCUUCUUCCUGUUUACACUUCUUCUUCUUCUUCUUCCUCUUGUGCCUUUCUUACUCUCUCUCUCUCUCUCUCUCUCCCUCCUCUGUAUUAAUAUGGAGGGCUCAGCUUUCACUGCUGUUAGUCCAGGGGAACAGCUUAAUAAGUACUUGGACUGUAUUUACCACAUCUCAGCUUCAGCAAGUUUGAAACCAGAGUCACGACCUCCAUUAAGUUUAAGAGCGACGAGGAUAGGACACCGUCCAAAAAGUGCAUUAAAGUGUUCGUUUUCGGCCGAGACACCGACGUUCAGGCUGUAAAAUGUUAAAUUUAUAUGAAGGAGGAAAGUGCUGUCGGUGUCGUACAGACAAGCAGUUUUAUCGAGGAAGUUCAACGCUCAUCUAAAAAAGUGAGGCGCUGUUUGACGCGUUAAUUACGGCUGGAUUUGAUGAAUUCACUUUAUAUUUAGUUUUUAAAAAGUGCAAAUCAACAUAUCAGAUUAUGAACAUUAAAUAACAUGAUCUUAAAAAGUUUCCAGACGAGUAAAAAAGUUGUGUCAUGCUAAAAAAACCCGCUGGACUCUGGAGUGGAAAUCACGUCAUCGGCUCAGAAUCACUUCAGAAACCACUGAGUUGAAAUCUUAGACUCUGUGUCUUCUUUUCUAGAGAGCAGAGGGACUUCCUGGUUCAUUAUCAGCUUAUAUUAAUAACAUAAAAUACGACAAUAGAGGAAAAACCUUGAAUAUUCAUAUUUACAGUCUGUUUCCAUAAGUAUAAGUAACACACACGAUGUUAAACAUGCCUGACAGAACUGUUUUAAAAUACUUUACUGACCUCAAACAUAUUUCAGCUUCAGGAUGUGAUAUAUUGACUUUGCCUGAUUUAAUCUGAUUAUAGACUUUGAGUGAUUUUCAGACCUCCAAACUCGGCUCCCUGACUUGAGUUCAGACUGAGAGUAUUUCUCUGUUUGUGUGUCACCGUCACAGACGGCGCCGGCCUCUGAAGACUGGUUUAACACAGCGCUAAAGUCCAUUAUACUGCAGAUAACCCCGGGGCCUGUGUCCACGCUGAGUCUCCUCGCUCAGAAAAGUAUUGUUUGAGGUUGUGCACAAACUGGAGGUUGUCGCCUCUCGUUGUUUGUAGGGAUGAGUUUCAUCGUCCCCUCGCUCGGUGUCCGUCCUGACGGCCGCGGGGGAAGAAGUAUUUGAGUGUAUGAAAAAUUCUGCUUGAUAAAAUAAUCAUGAAAUCUCCUCGGAGCUGGACGGACAGAGAGCUGACGUUCGGAUGGAGCUUUGAUUAUCUCUGCCUGACCUGUCCUAAAACUGUAAACUGUACAAAAUGGAAGAGACAUCCAUCCGUUAACAUGGAGGAGGCGGAGCUUUACGGCCUUUUCUCCGUGUGUUUACAUGCACCGUUAAAUUGAGCUCGAUUAGCCAAUUAAAUCGACGACUGUCCUCUGAAGGCCUCAGGCAAGAAUCCAUUUAUUGACAGAAGUGUGUCAGUCGCUGCUGCAGAGGGCGGCGGCGUGCCCCCGAACGGCGACCUUCUAUCGUCCCACAUACUGAAUUCAUGGACCAGUAAUUUAGCAUAAAUAUCAGCUGAUAAAAAUAUUGACCUCAGAAAUCACCCUGAGGUUCAGAGCUGCAGAGAUGUCCGACACCUCGCCGUGGACAAAACCUCGAGGGCAGUUUGAGUCUGAUUGAGAUGAAAUCCAAACGGCAUAAUUGUAAAAAAAAUACUUAUUCUUAAAGCCGUUUCAGCUUCACUGUUGGGGAGGUGUUGUGUCGUCCAUCUUUCUAAAAACAUGGACGCAGUGAGGUUUAGCUCACCUGUUAUUCACUCUGUUCCUAAAGUGUUCAUUCUCUGUAACUUAUGAUUAAAAAGGACACGAUGACGGUGAGUUCAGGGAGUUUUUAAGCUGAUUUAACAGUUUUUCAUGUGGACACAGACCCUUUAAUCUGCUUUUUAUCACUCUGACCAUUUUUAGAGAAACUUUAAAAAUAGAUAAAUAGAGUGACGCCUGAGAAAAAUAAUGCAUUAAGUGAUAAAAAAUGCACCUAAACUGUCCUUAUGUGGAAAAUGACCGACCUGGUGGAGGGAGAAUCAGUUUCUGCUCCAGAUCUGUUUUUCUCACACACUAGAUCUCUCAUUUCGCUGAUACCUGCUCCGUAAAUGUGUCUUAGUUUGAUCUUUUUAACAUUUAUUUGCUUUAUUGGAUAAACUCAAAGUUUUGAUGAACACAUUUAUGUCAGCGGGAGCGGAGAAAUGAGCUUUGACCUAUAGGUUUUAUCUGCUAAAUGAUUUGGCCUUUAAGCAGCUCUGAACGCCGCCGCCGCCGCCGCCGCCGCCGCCCUCCGUCAGUCAGGCUGAUGUGGAGAUAAGUCGAGUGUAACAAAGGGCAGGUUACAGCCCGUCUAUCUGGUAAUGACGGGGUGUGUGUGUGUGUGUGUGUGUGUGUGUGUGUGUGCAGGGAUCAGAUGGUGUUUUGUUGUGUGGUGACCUCUCAGGGUCCUCUGUAGAGCGUCACAGAAACACCUGGCCUGCUGAAUAAUUGAGAGCGAGAACUUCAGAGGUUUUUAAAGACGGCAGCUCCGCUCCAGAGUCCGGUUCAGGUUUUUAGGAGGAGCGUCAGGUCCUGCAGAGCUGAGAUCUAAAGAGCUGAAGCUAAAAUAAUUGAUCACUAAUAAGGAUCUUAUUUUGAUCUGAGUCAAAUCACCGUCACGCUGUUCCCCUGAACUCCCGCUGUUCUGCUUUAAAUACACCUCCUCUUCUUCCUCCUCUUCCUCCUCUUCCUCCUUCUCCUCCUCCUCCUCUUCUUCUUCCUCCUGUCAUCUCUUCUGAGAAAUGUCAGCUCUAGCUUUCCACAUGCUUUGGCGCUCUAGCCUUUUCUCCCAGCAUGCCGUGCUCUAUUGCCUGCGUCUCAAAGAGAAAGUAGCUGGUGGUGGCGCCCCCUCUCUGCGCAUGGUGGCAUCACAGAGUGGGGGCUGUUUGGACCCGGGAAAUGGCUCUGUUAGCUAACAUCAAGGCUGUGUUGAUGUGCUUGAUUUAUAACCUGCACAAAUCCAUCCUCUGGACUGUCUGCAUGAUUUCUGUAGAGCAUGGUUCAGAGUCACCGAACGGCAGGACCUGUUUUACUCUGAAAAUGUUCCAAACUGUGGCGUAUGUAAGGCCGCAGUGACCGCGGCGUGACCUGCUUCGACUGAGAGCGGACGCCGUCACUCAGAGGGGGCUGCUCCGACGGAGAAACCAGCCUCCUGUCACUCCAACUGUUGUCAUGUUGACUCUUUCUGAUUUCACAGGAAGCUCCCAGCGGCGGCGGCGGAUCGGACUGUCAUCUCUCUUCUUCUGUCAUUCCUCACGUCUGUCUGUCUGUCUGUCUGUCUGUUUGUCUCCAUUCUUCUCUCUUCUUCCACCUCUCCUAAUCCACGGUAAUCGAGGUUGGCUUGUUGGUACACCUGCUCCGUUAAUUCCAGUCCCUCCCUCCUCUUGUGAAACAGCUGCUUUUCCUCAGCGCCUCUAAAUUUGUUUAUUAAGCGCUCCACAUCAAGGUCCAUUAUUCUGAUUUUACUCCCACUAUAAUUACCACUUAUUAACAGUCCACCUGCUCUGCAGCUCCCCUCUGAGAGUGGAGGUGGAGAGUUAAUGCAUUACCUCUCUCUGCACCCACACACCUGUACGCCCCCCACAGACUGAGGUGUCUGUGGGGUCGACGAACGUCAGACUCGACAUCUCUGUCAUCAUCAUGUUAGAGUGAAUGUUCACGCUUUAAACUUUUCCAGAUGUUUCCGUGUUGAAGGGAGUUUCUCUUUCUUUGAGCGAGGUUGUACGAGGAACUGGUUCACAAGUAUUAAUGCCGUAAAUUUAUCACGAUAAGAUGUGCCAUUCUAGCGAUAACGAUAAAAGUCACGAUCAAAAAAUAUUAUAAUUCUAAUCUAUAUUUUUGACUCAUCUUUUCUUCACCAGUUGCAGAAGUCAAAUAAAAUACUGAACCACAAGUUUAGUGGUCGGUUAUGGAGAAAACUAAUGACAUCAAACAAGUCUGAAACCCCGGUCUUGAAGGAAAUCCCUCAUGUGGAUCCUCGUUCACUAACGACCUACUCAGAAACGUUUUCUUCGUCACCUUCGGCCAUCUUUGUUUGUUAUUCUGCUCUGUGUGGGCUACGGCUGUGAGUCCGUCAUCAACUUGCAUUUAUCUAAUUUAUCAUGAGAAGGUAAAUAUUGAUCAUGGAGGAUUUUUCUGAUGAUAAAUCGUGAACGAUAAUUUAUCGUAUGGAGAACUUGGACCGAAGUUUGAUGAUCGAUAACCACAGAUGGGGCCAAAGACUCCGUCAUUUUAAGAAACGUCACUGUCCAGAGCUGGAGUUUUCGUAAGGUUUCAGUUUCGAUUAUUAAUAUUUCAAAUCUGAUUAUCAAUACGAAAUCAAUAUAUAAUCAAUACCACACGACAUCGCACCGCCUGCUGAAAGCAGGGAGAGGCAGAAAUAUGUAAAUGUGUCUGAAAAGCAAAAGGGACAGAGAGGAUGACGAGUUAAUGAGUGUGAAGAUUUUCUGGGAUAAAGAGUGACAUCGUUCUUUAUCAUAUUAAUAUACAAUCGUAUCCCAUCAUUGAUUAGGAUUGGAUCAUAUCGAUCUUUAUUGAUCCUUUGUUCUCAGUAUGGGCUCUGUUGGAGGACCUCAGGGUUUCUUCGUGACGCUGCAGCAGCAGCUCAGUCCUGACUCUCCUGUUUUCGAGCCUCCAGUCUGAAUUCAGAAACGUCCGAGUCAGACCCGUCUUGUCCGAGUCAGACCCGUCUUGACUUCACCCUGAAGCGGGUCUUUCUCCUGAAAACUCACCGUCUUCUUUGUACCUGCCAAAGUGACGGUGACCCCGGGGCCACCACAUCACACAGAGAGGCAUGAAGGUCCUGAUCCAUUUUUAAUGCAUUUGUCUGGACGCCCUUCCCCCUCUCCUGCACACGCUCAGUCCUGUCCCUCUGUAGAGUCUCUCCUCUGAUCCCUGCAGUGGUGUGGUGGUGCUCCAGUGCACCUCUGUCCUCGGACACCCACCUGCUCUGAGGAUGAGAGACGUGUCGAUGUAAAGACAGAGAAGGAAGGAUUCCUGGUUUCAAAGACGACACCGUCCUCGUGACUUCAGAGGACAGACGCUGCUCCAGUGUGAGCGUUUCCACUUUAAAGCUGAAAAACACAAACCUGUCGUCUCGUUUUCAGUUCUUUUAUCAUCCGCUCGGUGUUAUCAGGACGUCUGCAGCUGCAGUGUUGGACCGGCUCACAGAUCCAAUCAGUUACAGAGCACUGCAGUCCUUACAGUGGUGUCAGAGGGGGCCAAGUCUGUGCUGCAUUCAGCUCCUAGGCCAAGUGUUCGGCCACACAAAGUGCUGAGAGAGCAGAGAGGAGGAGGAGGAGGAGGAGGAGGAGGAGGAGGAGGAGGACAGCUGGGCCGCAGCUUUAUUUAUGAAAUGGUUUCUGCAUUACGGCUCUCUCCACUCCUGCUGUUCUGGGCUGUGAUUGGUCAAAGACUGCGUGUGCGAUGGUUGAUGGAUGAACCUUUAAAGUCUUUAUAAUCAGAAUAAAACGUGAACAAAGCGAGUGUUUGAGUUUGGAAAUGUCAGCGCUGUAGUGCGAGUUUAUCGCGGCUCAGAGAGAGAGUUAUAUUCGUCACCUCAGCUGUUGUCUUUUAUCGUGACAUCAGGACGCUGGAGGUCAGAGCGAACGUGCGCCUGUUCAUCAGUGAAGCUGUGGGAUAAAUAAGUGAUGAGAGCAACAGCGCCGCACGCUCGAUUUGAUCCUGUAACGUCUUGAUCGAGGCCGAUACAUGAAAGAUUUAUCAGCUCCAGCAGAGAAGACUUUGGUGACGGGUUUGGAAAUGAAUUUGGAGACAUUUUCAUGCAGUCCAAGUUUGUGGGCCUGUGAUGUGCUUCGAAAGUGUUUCCUCGCCACUCAUGUGAAAUGAGCAGAAAGUGAUUCAGCCUCUUUGCAUGCGAGCCUCCGGCUUUACUUCGCUUCUGUGAGCCGGGUUUGUUCAGAGACCGGCUUCUUGACUUGAGUCCAGGGCAGCUCUGAGGGCGGCUCUGCAGCCCGGUCUACACGAGAGAUUAGACCCGACUGAACCCUGAACCCCGCCGAGCGUGUCCAUGACAGCAGAGGGUUGGACCGCCAGCAGCUCUGUCAGCGCGGCGUUUCUGCAUCAGCUCACAGGACAGUGAUGUGGACGGGGUCGCGGUGAAGCUGACACACACAGACGUGACGAGCGCGCUCAGACGUGUUAACAGUUGGCCGUUAACGAACUCAGCGCUGCAGGAAUGAAGACCACGGGCCGAUAAAGAUCAGAGCAGAGAGAGAGAGAGAGAGCCCUCUGUAAAUAUGGAAGUUUAUUAAAAAGUUAAUUAACGACUUAGUUUCCAAAAACUGUGGAUGUAAAAAGUGAGAUCAGAGCAGAGAGGAGUCGCUCCACUUCAGCAGACUUUACUCCAGUCUCCCACAGAGGCAGACUGAUCCUGAGAGUCGAGUUCACGUAAGUGGAUCCAGGUGAGCGCUGAGGGUCAGAGCGGCACCUGUGGAGCCAAAUGAACUGUUCGACUUUUCCACAGUUUAGAAUCGAACAACAGGGGAGUCCAACAGAGUCAUGGUGGGUUACAGUUGGAGGAAGAAGAAGAAGAAGAAGAAGAAGAGCAUGAUGGGAGGAAAAAUUUCACCUGAAGGCAGUUUGAUGGAGUUUUAGUUUGAGGUUUCACAGUCGAGUAUUAAAAGUUUCUGAAAACAUGAAGUGGGAGAGCGCAGACUUAUCUGAGGUCUGAGUUAUUUCUACAUGUACGAAUAACAAGACCUCCGAAAAUACAUUAAAACUCUGAAUCACUCCAGGAAUAAAACAAACUAAAGACACGAUGAACUUCGACAGGUUUUCCUGUAAACUUGCACUAAAGUCGAGCAAACGUGAACGAAAUGAUUCCUCGCCAUCUUGUGAAAAUCAGUCGCCAUGUUGAAGUUCAGACUGCGUCAUCAGCCUCAAAAAAACCUCGGUCUCUGCUGUUUACACAAACUCAGACCAUUUCCCCAAACUUCAGUGACUGAAACUCAGAUUUCAAAGAUUUCCAACAUGAAGCUGCGUCCAUGUCCAUGAAAACUUCCUCUCACUUCUCCGUCACUUUAAAACUCUGAAAUAUUUGUUUUGAUUUGGGGUUUUAGCUCCAAUUGAACCUUUUUAUAUUUGCAUUUUUAAACUCCAGGGGGGUGUCCGCUUAUUCCAGACUCGUACCGCAUUCGUUAGCCGUUAAAUCGCCGCUGUUACACCACGAAGUAAACAAUGUCAGCGGGAGGCCGAUGCAUUUUCUAGAGACUGAAAGAUGGAGGAUCAGAGAGAAGAUGGGACGUAAUCUCACAGAAGAGGCUCAAAAUCUGCAGAAGAUGUUUUAAAUCCACACGAGAACAACAGCACAGCUUGGUGUGUGUGUGUGUGUGUGUGUCCGUGUGUGUGUGUGUGUGUGUGUGUGUGUGUGUGUGUCUGCAGAGUCACGUCCUGCUUUUUCUGAGAGAUCUACUUUAUGAUAGCAGAUCGUUUUUCUGAGGCUGACAGCUCAGCAGAGAUUCUUAAAGGCGGAUUUUUCCCUCCGACUUCACAGCGAGCUCACGGCUCAGUUCUUGGCGGUUCUGGUCCGAUCUUCACACACAGAGACCGUCUUGUCUCUCCUCUCUGUGGUUCUGCAGGGCCGUCUGUGACCUUGACUCAGGCUGCUGAAAAAGUGACUUAUUAGUCCUAAUGUGCUCUGUGCCUCUGCUCUGAUCAUUAUAAUGAGGCUCCGUGUGGUUAUGUCUCUCCAGUGUGUAGUUGUGUAUCUGACAGAGAGUGUGUAGUUGUGUAUCUGACAGAGAGUGUGUAGUUGUGUAUCUGACAGAGAGUGUGUAGUUGUGUAUCUGACAGAGAGUGUGUAGUUGUGUUCAUGCCCGUUGUAAUGAAGUCUCUGUUCUGUUUUGUGGACCAGAAUCACGACUCUGGAUCUCUUUGACGGUGGCCAACACUGACCUCUUUUACUCCAUCCAUCUCUCUGUUCUCUCUCUCCUUCUCUCUCUCUCUCUCUCUCUCUCUCUCUCUCUCUCUUUCUUCUCUUGUUUGUUUUUUUACCUUCACACACACCUGAACAUGUUUGACUCUUAAAGACCAAAGCUUUCGUUCUUUCUCUUGACUCGGUCACAAUACUCUGAAAUAACCCUCUCUCUCUCUCUCUCUCUCUCUCUCUCUCUUUCCUCCUCCUCUCUCUCUCCCACUCCCUUCUCCCCUCAUAUUGUAAAUGUAGAGAUCAUUGUUAAUGAGUGUUACCAUGGAAACCACUAUUUUCUGUAUUUGAAUCUCUGACGUCCAAAAAAUCAGUGAGGAGGGAGUGGGUUCAUGAGGGGAAAUGUCUGAUGAUUGGAUCAUGUGACUCUGAUGUUGUUUAAAGGAGGAUUCCACCAAGUUUCAGAAGCAAAUACGUCUUUCCAGAACAAGAGGGAAAUCAGAGACUGUGUAGGAGAGGUGGAUGUAACCUGUUGGUUUAAAAGGAGAAUUAUUCUUGCGUUAUUUCUAAUGACCAGCAGGGGGCGAUACCUCUCAUCCCGAAAAUUUGAAGAGGGUCGGAAAGUUACGCAUUUUAUACCAGCCAGAAUAAUAAAUCAGGUUUUUGUGUUACACACGUUUGUUUGAAAGACAUAAAGACGCAGAAAAAUCAAAACUAUGUUUUAGUUUUUUUGAUUGACGCCUGAAAAAACUUCCCAGUUUUUCUUAAAGUGAACAGAAUUUAAUUAUGUAAGUAUUAAGUUGCCAAAACCAACUUUGAUUUAUUGAUUAUUUUACACAAAAUAUUCCGAUAUGGGCAAAAUGACGUCGGUUAUUGUCAUAAAUUUCGGCAUCAGUAAAUUAUCAGUUUAUCGCCCGGCCCUACAAAGAAGUAAAGGUAGUUAAUAGUUCAGUUUACUUCAGCUGUUAGCAUCACACCCUCCUGCUGCACAGAGCUGCGCUCUCAUCCUGACAUGUGUGAUGAGCUGGAGGAAAAACCUUUACUGGUUUUUAAGGAGUCAGUGUCCGCUCUGUGGUCAAACUGGGGGAAUAAUCACGGUCCCAUUUAGGAGAAAACUAACCUAAAAAGCAGGACUUAGUUGAAGACGUCGCUUCCUCUCUUAAAGAUGUUAAAGCUGUUUUUCAGAUACGGUUCAAACUUACAUCCACGUCUUUUACCCAGCGUCUCUGAUAGAGACUGAAAAAGGAGACAGUGUGUGUAAUCAGAGUGAAAUUGUCCUCGCCACUCAUGAUUCAACAUUUCUGUCCCGCACAGAGCCGUCUCUGAUUAUUCAGCGUUAGCAGGCGGCGAUCGUGCGUGCUAACGCUAAUUACAGACGUGGAGACGGGAGGACAUGUUUGAAUUCUGAGCUUGAGUGGAAUCCCCCAAUUAUCUUGUUUGGAGCAAGAUGUUUUCCUGUGUGUGUGUGUGUGUGUGUGUGUGUGUGUGUGUGUAAUGAUAUGAAUGCACUUGUUUUUGUCGUUGUUGUUGAAGGCCCUGCUAAAGACAGCAGAGGCCGUGCCGCUCUCUAACGGUUAUUUCUCCUCCUUCCUCCUCUGAAUUGGACCUCUUACAGACGGAGGUAACUCCACACGGGCUCAGCGUGGCCCCGCCCCCCCACGCCCCCCACCCCCUCACCUCCCCCCCUCCCUGCUAAGGCAUGCUCUGUCUCUGUCUACUGUUUGGUGGACACUGUUUUCAAGUCCUUCUUUACCAGAUGUGUAGUGUGCAUGAGAUGUAGUGUCUGCUGUUCUCAUGCAGUGCUGUGAGUAUACACAUGCUGACUCUGUUAACUCUGUGUGUGUGUGUGUGUUUCUCUGUGUGUGUGUGUGUUUCUGUGUGUGUGUGAAAGCUGCAGUGUCUCGAUGAUCAACAUGUUUGGGUUGUGUUACAGAUCACGUUAAUCAAUAAGUGUGUGUCUGUGCUGAGAUUUCCUCUCUUUGUGUAACGUUCUCACUGUGAGUACAGCCUCUUGUGGAUGGUGUUCUGUACUCUGACCUCUGACCUCUGACUAAUCGUUCCUCACUUCACUCUCACCCGCCUGUACGGCCUCAUGUGUAUGCAGCAUCUGCAUGAGUGUAACCGUGACCUCCUCCAUCCUCAUCGUCAUGACUGUAAACCAACCGUCAGUGUGUGUGUGUGUCUGUCUGUGUGUGUGUGUGUGUGUCAGUUUGGUUUGUGUGUUUGAGCUUCACUCUCAGACACUCAUACACACCUGCUCACACACACACACACACACGCUCACACACACACACCUGCAGAGUGUUUGAAGUGUUUGUAUUCAGACGUGUUUCCGUCUCUGUGAGCAGAAGAUCGCCCAGGAGAGAGAGAAGUUUGCAGAUGAGGACAGUAUCUUCUACACGCUGGGAGAGUGUGGCCUCAUCUCCUUCUCCGACUACAUCUUCCUCACCACCGUGCUCUCCAGUAAGUACAUCCCGUUUCAUCGCUCACCUGUGAGGAGACUUGGCUGGUCCUGUGAGUGACGGAGAGAAGACGUUAGUUUCUGUCUUCAGAUGUUUUUAGACCGUCUAAAAUCCUCCUUCUUCAGCCGGUAUGAGAGUCACCUUUUCCGUCACCUUACCCGUCUUUGUUCUCGUGUUUUCGCUCAGUGAUGUUCCUCUUACCGUAUCCGGAACGGCAGCGUUUUUCGCCAAUUCCUGCCGAAUCUGUUUGUGAGGCAAAUUUCGUGGCGGAUUAUGGACAUCGGGAAUCACAAGAACUCACAAGAACCCGCAGAUUCACGUUCAAUCUCACGAUAACGAGUUGUCUCUCUAAAGACAGACACAUAGACAUAUAAGCAGUAGAUUGUGUCCUUCCAGAGGAGGAAAUCUACUUCUAGACUUCUAGAAUCAGCAUCUCCUCAUCCAUGGUGUCAUCGGGGUGAAAUGACGUCUAAAAACCUUUCACUUGUUCGUCGUUCGUGUUUUAUUUUGAAAAGAAGCCGGAUGUUUUAUUUUGUGUCUGUGCCCGACUUCCUUUCCAGCACGGGUUAAUCUGUGCUGAAUUUAUCCGCCAUGCUCCGGCGUCCAGAAAAAAUAGAACUCUUGCGAUCAGGAAAGAAGCCGGUGGAGCCGUUCAGGAUGCGGUGGAAAUUGGGGAUUCGGUGUGAUGGUCUCCUAAGGUGUACCGACUCAAAGAUAAGGGUCACAUGUGUGCGCUUAUUUGUGUAACAUCAGACCUGAAGAGGCGUUUCCUCGUGUCUGUCCUCUUGAUUCGUUUCCUUCUCUCCUCAUCACGCGGCGCUCUUUAAGCUGCAGUGACCUUAUGUUGAUGUGACCUGACGCCGCCGCCAUUGUUUACUCCUGAUUAUUCUGUGGAGUCCAGCGACUCCAGAAGCUGGUGGAAAUCGACACGUUAACUUGAAUGGUUACAAUCAGCUAUUGUUCGUAGCUCUUCUGUAUGUGGUGAAAAUUGGGGGUUAUCCGCUGAAAUUCGUUAAAGGCGUGUGGCGUUUAAAGGAUCUCCCGCGUGUGUUCAGCAGGUGGAGCUGCUGCCUGCCUCCUCCUCGGUAUGAUCUGCAGCUCCGUCAGAGUUGAUGAGGAGUGUUUAUCGAGCUCCUCGCCUCGGGGCGGUUUGUUCUCCACAGACUCAGUUUGUCUGAGCUGGAUCUGACAUUUACGCUGCAGAUUCAGGACGUCGAUGAUCACAUGACCGCCUCGAUCUGAAGGCGUCCGAGUUUGUGGUCAUAAAAAUGAAGCUCUGUAGUAAACGUUCAUCCCCAGCUGAGCUCCAGCGUUUACUCUCAUCCAUUCAUAAGGGGAGUCUCUGGGGAAGUUUUCAAGGUCAAGCUAUUUAUAAGCGGCGCGGCGAGGGCGCGCCAUGGUUGGUUUGAGUCCAUUUAGCGUAGCUUUAAAACGAGCGGCCUCACUGUUGUACACAUUCACUGAAUUUGUCCAGUCUGAGCCUCAGUCAGGUAAUCUAAUCUGUGAGAUUCACUCAAACUCGGUCUGUUCCCGGCUGCUGUGUGUGCAGCUGUCAGGCCGCCUGAUUGGCUGAGGAAAACCUCCCGUGUGGCUCAGGGAGAGCUGCAGACGAAUAAUGAGAGCGGCUCUCUUGCAUCGUUGUCAGAGCCGAUCCUGUAACAUGUUCCCCACAUAUUGAUUCCUGAUUUUGUGUUUUUGUGUCCAGCUCCCCAGAGGAACUUUGAGAUCGCCUUCAAGAUGUUUGAUCUGAACGGAGACGGAGAGGUGGAUCUGGAGGAGUUUGAGCAGGUAAUGAAGGACGAACGAGGUUAAAAAAACAGCAGAUGGUCCUCAUGUUUGGGAUUUCAUAUCUGCAGCAGCUCAUGAUCGCAUUAGAGGAACCAGUAACACACCCUGACAGGCAAUAACGCAGAGUACCUGCUGAGCUGUGCUCCACUCUCUGUGAUCUAUAACCCAGUUUGAAGAACUUUACCUCCAGACCGGCCUUUUAUUCUGGUUUAGGUUAAAGUUUAUUCACCCUCUACUCUUUAAAAUGAGGAUGCAGCAUCUAUGAUUUCCAGUUCUUUGUUGAAAGGACAACUGGACGUACUUGAGACAAGGCGAAACGUCUCAAGUCAGUCCAGUUGUCCUUUCAAAGCGAUGAUUCCCACUCCAGAAUCUCCUCCAGGACUCUCCUCCCACAGACUCCUGCUGUUGUAAUGAUCUCCACCCU